GCUGCCCUUGCGUCGGCUAGCACCAAAUCCGGUGGCAGCGCAGUUUGGCGGUUUCAAUGAUUCUGCGGGCGCCAAGCAGUGUCAAAGAAAUCUAUAAAACAAGGGAUGGUGGGGGUUGCCGAAGUUAGAUACAUAAUCCCACCGACAUCUCUCACCUUCUUCCACAACCAUUUCUAGUCAUCUUCGAGAUUUCAUUUAGGGUUCCGACUCUUACCUUUUUGCUUCGAGAACCAGUUUCAGGAGCAUGUCUGCGGGAACCUUCUCACUCCUAGUUGCUGGAUCAAGCUAUCUUGGCUUGAAAUCCGACCGAUCAAAGCUUUUCCCGGCCAAGGAUUCAGUUGCGUGGACCAGGAAAACUGUUUCCAAUGGCUCCAGAACUCAUUGCAUGAAGACGUGGAAUCCGAUUGAGAACAAGAAGUUUGAGACUCUCUCCUAUCUUCCGCCUCUCUCGGAUGAAUCGAUCGCCAAGGAGGUUGAUUACAUGCUCAAGAAGGGAUGGAUCCCCUGCCUCGAGUUUGAUGCGGCGGGGCGUGUGCAUAGAGAGAACAGCAGAAUGCCAGGAUACUAUGAUGGGAGGUACUGGACACUGUGGAAGCUGCCAAUGUUCGCAUGCAAUGACUCUUCUCAGGUCCUCGAUGAGAUCCAAGAGUGCAAGAAAGCUUACCCAAAUGCUUACAUUCGCUGCUUGGCUUUUGACAACAAGCACCACUGUCAGAGCAUGGCCUUUGUCAUCCAAAAACCCACCUCUGCCUCCACCUCCUAAGUGCCUCUACACUUUGCUCCCGUCUUCGAAGUCGACUUACACAGUCAACUGCUGGAUGAAAUGAAAUCCUAGUCCCAACAUAGCACAAGCGGGAUGCCAAGGCUCGCAUUAAUGAUCGUCUCCAUCAUGUGUUGAGAUUGUAAGUUGUCCUUAAUUUUGAUGAUCGAUAAAAUCAUAAACUCUCUCUAGUUUGUGGUCUUUUAGGAAGAUGAUAGAUGGUGCUUCUGUUCUAUGCAAGCCUCUUGGCUUUUGAGAGUAAAAAAUUUUAGGACGAGUGCGUAUGGUUAUGUCAUGGAAGAAUGAAUGGUUUGCUUUCUUUUUA